AUGAAAAAAUAUUCAUUACUAAUUUUAAUAUUGUUUAUUAAUUGUUCAUUUUCUAAACUUACAGAAAUUCAAUAUAGAAAUGAAUUUACAGCAUGGAUGACAUCAAAUCAAAGAACAUAUGCAUCAAGUGAGUUUACUAAUCGUUAUAAUACAUUUAAAUCAAAUUUAGAUUUUAUAAAUCAAUGGAAUUCCAAAGGUAGUAAAACAGUUUUAGCAUUAAAUGAAUUUGCUGAUAUUUCAAAUGAAGAAUAUAGAAAAAAUUAUUUAAGAAAUGAUAAUAAUAUCAAUAAAUUAUCAUCUUUAUUAAUUAAUGAUAAAGAAGAUAAAGAAAUUAAAAGUAGUAGUAGUAGUGGUAGUGGUAGUUCUGGAAUUGAUUGGAGAAAAAAAGGUGCAGUUCCUUCAGUAAAAAGUCAAAUCGGUGGAUGUGGUUCUUGGCCAAUUACCGCAGUUGGUGCAACUGAAAGUGCUCAUUUCUUAGCUAAUCCAAAGGACCCAUUCAUAUCAUUAUCAAUGCAAAAUUUAAUUGAUUGUUCAAAUUUAAAUAAACAAUGUUAUCAAGGUACUGUUAAUGAAGCAUUUCAAUAUAUUAUUGAAAAUGGUGGUAUAGAUAGUGAAGAAUCUUAUAAAUUUAGUGGUGGUGAACCUGGAAAAUGUAAAUAUAACUCUUCAAAUUCUGUAGCUAAAAUAACGUCAUAUGAAAAAGUUAAAUCUGGUUCAGAAUCAUCAUUAGAAUCUGCUGUAUCUCUUAAACCAGUUGCUGCUUAUAUUGAUGCAUCAUUAUCAUCAUUCCAAUUUUAUUCUUCUGGUAUUUAUUAUGAACCAUCUUGUAAUUCAACAGAUUUAAAUCAUAGUAUUUUAAUAGUUGGUUUUUCUGAUUUCUCAACAACACCAACUGAUUCUUUAAAACAUUCCUCAAAUUAUUGGAUCGUUCAAAAUUCUUUUGGAAAAAAUUGGGGUGAAAAUGGUUAUAUCUUUAUGAGUAAAGAUAGAGAUGAUAAUUGUGGAAUUUCAAAAAUGGCAAGUUACGUUAUUGUUUAA